AGCUGCCCUCUCCAAUUGUGCGGCCCAGCUUAUAACCGAGUUCGCUCAGAAGUUUGUCUCCCGACAUGGUGGCGCCUGCGGCGCACGGGGGGCAGGAGGCGGCUGCUGACGGGGGGCGGCCGGACUCCAAUCUCGGGUCUAAGCCAUGGCGCUUGGCACCUACACCCCCGCACCCCCAUGUGCCCACUGCCAGGCAUUGGCCGCUGUUGUGCCUUUUAUUGCCCCGUAACAAUUUUUGCCUUGUGAAGUGACCGCGGGCGUCACUCCGCCUUAGGGUGGGGGUCCGGGACCCCGCCCCCAGGCCACCCUAGCCUCCCUGCUUUGUGACUCAUAAUCAUCCUGAAUGGUCAGUUUCCGAUGAGAGGCCACUAGCAAGGGAUACCCACCACCACCAGGGAGCAGAAUGCGUUCCGGGGAUUGGGGUGAGUCCGAAUUCGAGCAGCAGCUGCCCCCCAACAUCAUGUAGCCAGCCCGUGACUACGUGGAGCCCUGGGCUUCCCGAAGAGUCCCUAGACGGGGCGAAAACGGGAAAAGGGGCCUUAACUGGGGAACCUGGCUCCUUCGGGAGCUCGGAGUUUCUGACUGGCCUGCGCAACACCCCAGAGGCAAGGUGAACGCGAGGGCCUUUAAUGCAAGAACCAAGGCGAGUCACACCCUGUCUGGGCGAAAGAGGAGUAAAGCCUCCUCAGCUGCAGCCCGGCAGCGCAUUCCUACCCAGGGUCCGCCGCCGGAGCUUUCCCGCGCGGUCGGGUAGUUACACUAGUGUCCGGGGCUUCCUAGCGCUGCGGCGGACCAUCUCGAGUGCUUCCGCCACACUCAUCAUGGCGGUGGCAGUAUGUCACUUCCGCCCGGGACCGGAAGUGUGGGAUACUGCAAGCAUGGCGGCGCCAAAGGUGAAGCAGGACAUGCCCCCGCCGGGGGGCUAUGGGCCCAUCGACUACAAACGGAACUUGCCGCGUCGAGGACUGUCGGGCUACAGCAUGCUGGCCAUAGGGAUUGGAACCCUGAUCUACGGGUACUGGAGCAUAAUGAAGUGGAACCGUGAGCGCAGGCGCCUACAAAUCGAGGACUUUGAGGCCCGCAUCGCGCUGAUGCCACUGUUCCAGGCAGAAACCGACCGGAGGACCUUGCAGAUGCUUCGGGAGAACCUGGAAGAGGAGGCCAUCAUCAUGAAGGACGUGCCCGACUGGAAGGUGGGGGAGUCUGUGUUCCACACAACCCGCUGGGUGCCCCCCUUGAUUGGGGAGCUGUAUGGGCUGCGUACCACAGAGGAGGCUCUCCAUGCCAGCCAUGGCUUCAUGUGGUACACGUAGGCCCUGUGUCCUCCGGCCACCUGGAUCCCUGCCCCUCCCCACUGGGACGGAAUAAAUGCUUUGCAGACCUGG